AUGGAGAAGGAGCAAAUGGCUAAACUACGAAUAAUGUUUCUGUUGCUGCUGUUUAUCUGUUUCAUGAAUGGAGUGGUAGUGAGAAGCGGCGAGUCCAAGCGGAGAAGCGGGAAGGCGGCGCCGAGCCUCUUCAUCUUCGGCGACUCCUUCUUCGACGCCGGAAAUAACAACUACAUCAAUACCACAACUCUCGAUAGAGCCGAUUUCUGGCCCUACGGCGAGACUUACUUCCGCCGACCUACCGGAAGAUUCUCCGACGGCCGCCUCAUUUCCGAUUUCAUCGCUGAGCGUGCAAAUCUGCCGUUGAUUCCUCCAUAUCUACAGCCCGGACGAAAUAUCAAGGGAGAUGGAGAUGGAGAUGGAGAUGAUGAUGAUGAUGAUGAUGAUGAUGAUGAUGAUGAGAAGAUGAAUGAUUGGCAGAGACCGCAAUACCAUGGAGUGAAUUUCGCAUCUGGAGGGGCUGGGGCUUUGUCACUCACUUUUCAGGGAUUCGUUAUUGAUCUGAGAACACAGCAAAAAUACUACGAGAAGGAGAUUGCAGAAUUAAGGAACAAGCUGGGAGACGAAGAAGCAGCAGCAAUAUCAUCGAGUGCCGUGUACAUGUUCAGCAUUGGCACCAAUGACUAUAUCAGCCCUUUCCUCCUAAAUUCAAGUGUGCUGUCAUCUUAUGCUCCCUCGGAAUAUGUGGAAAUGGUGAUCGGCAACCUCACCCUUGUCCUAAAAGCCAUAUACGAAAAUGGGGGCAGGAAAUUUGUGUUUCUGAAUCUGGGGGAACUGGGGUGUCUACCAGGCUUGAGAAUACUACUACCGCUGCAAAAUUACCCUGCUGGUGAAGGUGAAGGCGGCAUUAAUAAUAACAACAAUGGAAGAAAGUGCUUGGAGGAGGCUUCAGAUUUAGCAAGACUGCACAACAAAGCACUGAGCAAAAUGCUGUCAAGAAUGGAAGAGGAACACUACUACUACUACCAUGGUAAUGGUAAUGGUAAUGGUAAUGGUAAUGGUAAUGGUAAUGAUAAUGGUAAUGAUACUGAUGAUGAUGGGGGGUUGAAGUUGAAGUUGAAGUUGAAGUAUUUGAUCUAUGACUUCAAUGGGAGCCUGGGCCAGAUGAGGGCAUUCCCGGAGAAGUAUGGGUUGAGGGAAGGAGAAAGGGCAUGCUGUGGGAGUGGGCAUUGGAAUGGGGUAUUCAGCUGUGGAGGGAAGAGGGUGAUGGGUGAGGAGUAUGAGGUGUGUGAGAAGCCCGGGGAGUUUGUGUUCUGGGACUCGUAUCACCUCACCCAAUCUGUCUACAAGCAAAUGGCAGACCAGAUGUGGUGCAGGCAAACAUCAUCCCCUUACAACCUCCGCAACCUCUUCUUCGAUAUUUAAUCAUGCAGGUAAUUAAUUAAUCUACUGCAUUGCUAUUUGCUAAUAUAAUACUCCAUAAUCGAUGCAUGGUGUUUAAUUAUAUUCUAAUAAGCAUGAAAGUAGUAAUGCUUGCUUUAUUUUGGCUCUGGCUCACGUCACGUGACACGUGAUAUAUAUAUAUAAUUAGUUGUUGUUAUAUAUAUAUAUAUAUAUGCAAUGCAUGUUGUGUUGUGUUGUGUGCAUGGGAGUGGGAGUGUAUGUGAUACUUACUAGUACGUAUAAUGAUUGUGAUUGUGACGUGCCGAGUCUGAACUGGAAGUUAAUUAAAAUUCCUAUUCCUAUUAUAUAUACACAACUGUUACGGUAUGGUAUUAGUAAGUAGUACUAGUUAAAGUCGCUUGUCAAUGUCAUAGUGUUGUAGUGUAUUUUUCUUUUCUUGUAAGUGGGGUGGGGUAGGUCGACUAGACUGACUGACUGACACC